AUAGAUGCUCAAUCUUAUAUAAUUGUAAACGGAUGCUUUUGGGGGACAGGAAUGAAAUGUUUGAAGUUUAGUUAUUCUUUUCUUUCUUUUUACUAUUAUUGCUAUUCUGGUGCUAUCAUCUGGUAUCAGAGACCUUGACCCAUGAGAGGCCUGCAAAUCUCUUCGACUUCACACAACCAAACCCCACCACCACCACCUCCCCCGCCACCCCUGCGCCAAGAUCCCCCCACUUCAACCACUAUACCACCUCAAGAUGAUGACCCCUACACUGUGUUUCAAGCCACUGUCGACCUCAUCCAAUCACAGCAAGAGGAUAUCCACACCUCCAUUGAGGCAUUAUCUCGGAGCCAGACCACCAUAACACAUCAAUUUGCUGCUUUCCAGCAGCUACUCAUGAACCAUCUCCAACCUCCACAACAACCUGCCUCCACGACUACAUCACCAUAUGAUUUUUCAUGGCAAUUGGGUUCCUCCGUAGCCCAAUCCAUCGCCCAAAUUCAACCUUCAACACCAGCUACACACCCACAAAUCUCCUUUGGAUCAAUUCCACCACCACCCAAUUCUUGGUCGGCUCUAACCAUAGCCCAAACACCGCCACCACUCUCUGGCCCCGGUCCCAGCACCUCCCAGCCUUCACCUGCAACUCCCAGACCUCCACCAUACUCCAACCACCUCUCUACCCCACCCCGAUACUACACCUCUUUCUCGGCCCCUCCCCACUACGCCACUACCCCUGCACUAGCCCAACAACUUCCACCCCCACUGAGCUUUGCCACAUCAUUCCCUGCAUACACCCCAACCUCCAGACCCCCUCAGCAAUACAACACCCCACCAGACCCACAUUUUUUCCGGCCACCCAAGGUGGUGGACCUUCCGCGCUUCACGGGCGAGGAUGUAACCGGUUGGCUAGCCAUGGCUGAAAGGUACAUACGCUCCCAGCACAUCCCUCCACAAGAAAGGGUAUCCACAAUUGCAUCACACUUUGGACCGGAUGCAUCCAUUUGGAUGACUGCGUCUGCGUUUGAGCAACGCAACCCGGCAGCGAAUUGGGAUUGUUUUGUAGCUGCGUUCUUAGAGCAUUUUGGGUCCGGCAAUGUCACCGACUUCAAGGCUGCGUUGUCACACAUUCAGCAAUCAUCCUCUGUCGAUGAAUUCAUUACGGCCUUCACCAAACUCUCUUGUCGUACUCCGGAUUGGUCAGACGAGCAACUACUUCCGAUCUUUCUGGGUGGCCUAAAAUCGGAACUCCGGCACGAUGUUAUGGCCCUCGAGCCCAACACUCUGUCCCAAGCCCAGCGUCUAGCCCGACGCUACGAAGCACGCCUCCUCGAUUUCCGCGCCAUGCGCUCCCAUCGCACGAGUUCUUGGUCGUACUCCCCCAAGCCACCAAGUGGUCCCCAUUCCUCUGCCACCCAAAGCAUAAACAAUACACACAUGCAGCCGACCAACUCUACUUUCCAACCUGCCACCAACAAUCAGUCAUCUCAAAGACCCCGUCAAGAGGCAACUUACAGGCGCUUGUCCACACCAGAACAGAGAGAGAGAAGAGCCAAAGGGCUCUGUUUCCAUUGCGAUGAACAGUGGUCGGCAGCCCAUGUCUGCAAAAAGCCAAUACUAGCCAUCCUCGAAUGUCCCAUUGCUCAAGAGAAUACUGUAGAAAACAAUGUUGACCAUGAUAACAUAGAAGAGCUGACAGACGCAACAGACCCACCCCUGCCUCUCAACGCUAUCACCAAUUCGUCGGUAAGCGAGAUGAUGCGCUUCAAGGGUCUUGUGAAUGGCCUCCCAGUCAAUAUCUUUGUGGACUGUGGUUCCGCAAUGAACUUUCUUAAUCCUGCGAUUGCCAAACAAUUGGGCUCUCUUCGGUUUCCCGUACAACAGCCUUCCGUUUCUCCACAGCCACCGGAGAACCAGUUACACCAUCAGGCAUGGCGAACGACAUCACCGUUCGCAUUCAGGAUUACGAAUUCACCGACUCCUUCCUUCUUCUGCCUGUAAGUGGAUGUUUGGAUCAGUGCUGGGAGGUGUAUGAGGGGUAAUGGUAUCAUGGGUUCCACAUAUGAAUAGACUGGUUCAAGGUUCUGGUUCUUACUCUGAGGGUUCUGAGAUAGUUUUGUCAGUAGGAUCUUGUCUUGCAAUUCCCAUUUUAGUAGCAUUCUGCCAAAGAGUAGAAUUGAUGGAUGAGACUGAAGUAAACCAUUUAGUAAACUAAAUGGUUACAGGGAGCUCAUUUCUGAAUUACUGUAUGUAAAAAAAUCUGGCACUUUCUAUCACAGCUUAUUGAUGGCAUCAUGCAUUGGGUCAGGCAGUCUUCUAGCCUGCAUACUGAAUGAAGGGGUGCAUACUAUUGAAGUUGAGCGUGUAAAGGGUCUACUAGAAUUGUUCAAAAAAUGCUAUUCUAGUCCUUACCCUCCUUUAGUCCAUUUCGGAAGGAUGCUUGGAGUCGUUAACGCUAUGGGAGCAGGUGCUGGGAUCCUGCUUGACAGGCCUCCGCUAACCUCAGUGCAGGCACCUUUUGAACAGAAGGAAUCUGGCUAUGUCAUGGGUCCUCUACUCUCAAAUCCUGGUUGUGAGCGGCAUUUGACAUCGUUGAUGCAGGAUAUAUUUCUUGUUGCACAUGCAGAAAUCUGAUGAUCAUCAAUUGCAACAGUAUGCUGCAUGGGCGGCUUCAUUUCUUCGAAAUCAUUUGUGGUCUAAGGAUGCUGUCAAUGUUGACAAUAGUCUUAAUACUGAUUCAGGUGGUUCAAAAUCUGUUUCCCAAAGUUUUGCAGAUGACAGUUUAGUUAUGAAGCUUUCUUCAUGGCUAAUGCAUCUCAACUUUACCAGGGUUCCUAGAUUGCCAACGUUGGACUGGGGAUCAAUCAUUAGACGUGGCAUGAGAUAUGAGGCACAGGUUGCGGAGAUGUUACCAACAGAAUCAUCAUUCCGAAAAGGAAUUCUUAGGGAGGAGUGUCUAAAGUUCUCAUUAGCUCAUGCAAAUAAAUUUGACCAACUCCUAAGUUUCCUAGAUGAGCUAUCUGACUUGUCCAGAUUCAGUACACUAGAGUGGAAUCUGCAAUCUUGUGUUCUCAACCAUCUUGCCGACCUCAUAAAAGUAUUCUCCGGUUCUAGGCUUGAGAAACUAUUUGAUGUUCUCUGCAACUACUUUACUUCACGUCAAUCAUAUGACACUGAUGAGACAAGUUUGUUACGGAUUUCAUGCUGGAAGGGUCUCUACAAGUGUUUAGACGAGGCUUCUCUUGAUUCUCUCGAGUACAUAUCCGACAUAGAAAAAUGCAUGGAGGUGCUGUUUUCCUUGUUACCUGCAAGGCAAUUGGCUGCUGUGGUAGGAGUAGGUCGGUCGAAUUCUUUAAAGGAGUGGUCUGAGGCAGUUAAAUGCUUAGGAAAGGCUCGGAAAAGUUGGUUGGCGGAUUUCCUACAGGUUUCACAGGAGGGCCUGCAACAAAGAGAUGGCCAGCGUCUAGAUGUUCUAAAAAAAUGCAAGCCAAAUCUAAGCUAGUUAGAAUUGGUUCCAUCCCUUUGACUGAGCUGGGAAGACUAAAAGCUCUGAUAUUGAAUAUUGAAUCCGAUGGCAUAUGGGACGUGCUUGUAGAAGUUGUAGCAGCUUUGCAACAUGCAGAGGGAAGUAUCAAAAGACAGUGGCUCAUUGAUGCGGCUGAAAUUAGCUGUGUAUCAAGUUAUCCGUCCACGGCGUUGAAGUUUCUUGGAUUGCUUUCUGGUAGCUGGAGCAAAUAUAUGCCCCUUCUGAUUUUGGACCAACAAACUCUGCUGAGUGAUUUACCAGUCACCCUUUCUUCGCUUCUUUCAAACUCUAGUUGGGGAGGAGUCGUAGAAUCUGUCGUUUCCUCUCUUUUUGCAUCAAUGGAGCGCAUUUACAAUUGGACCACACACGAGGCACAGGUUAAGGAUAUGCCGCCCGGCAUACAACCUAUCAAUCAAAGCGAGAAUCCCAUGGCUGGUUUCCUAUUGCGCGUGAUGCAUUCUACCUGUGUAACCUUGAAGGAUUACUUGUCUCUUGAGAAGCAGCUUAAGCUUGCCAAUAUGGACAUAUAGUGGUUACCUUACCUCACCGACUGUGAAUAGUCAAACAUUUGUUGGAAGCUCUGAACCCAAACCUUUCCUGCUCUUCUAUUCUGUAUUGAAUGUAUUACUAGACAUGGGAGCUACUAACCCCAUAUCUUAGUUAGGAUAGCCAACUAUGGACUGAUUGUCGAAUAUGUUUUAUGUUAGUCCUUGGUAGUAUAUAUUUCUGAUUUCCUCG